AUGCGAAUCAAGAAUCAAGCACCAUAUGGUGCUGCGAUCUCCGAAGGCACACCACCAAAGACGAGCCAUUCGCUGGCUAAUACUAGUUCCUACACGAUCGGCUUUGGAACACCACGUUCGAAUGGCCGUCCCCAGCCGAAUAACUCAUGCACUCUCGGUAUUACGAGAAUUCAACCUUGUCGACAGCAAAGUGGAUUUCAAACGACUACGACGACGGUCUACAUAAAUGACACUGUUAGCUUUGAAUUGGCAUCAAACAAGUCAACAAAGGGGGUGCCUAAUUUCCAAGUCGCUACUCUCGACACGUUUUACGCAAGCUUUGUUUUGCCGGCACCUCAGGCCGGCUUCUUAGGUCUUAAUCGACCAUGUGACUUGCUUGGAAGCACGUUAGUUGAAAUAAGAUCUGGAUACCAUGCCAGUUUCAUCAAUCAGCUUUAUGAGCGUGGUCUUAUUCCUGGACGCACUAUCAGUGUUUAUAUCGGCCAAGAUGUACCAGAUAUCGACAAUGCCAUGUUGCUCAUCAAUGGCAAGGAUGCCGCGAAGAAGGCCUCAACUCCCUCUACCGUUCCGAUGGACACAUCGCAGGAGAUAAAUGCGCUUGGGGCCAAUCCGUCUCGUUUUCAUAUCAACGUCACCAGUCCAGUGGCACUGACGACUUCCAAAGGUGCCUCAAAUGCAACAUCCAGCCGUUCUUCCACCCCAACAACUACCUAUCAGACAUUCUCCUUAUCCCCAACAGACAGCUCGGCCUAG